AUGAGGCUGUUGAUGCUGCAUAUGACGUCCCCAAAAAACAAAGCCAAGAAGAAGCCGCCCAAAGACAGCAUGACGCUGCUGCCGUGCUUUUAUUUUGUAGAGCUCCCCAUCGUCCUGUCCUCCUUGGUGUCCCUGUACUUCUUGGAGCUGACAGAUGUUCUGUCCCCGGCGAUGGUGGGCUUCCGUUGCCAUGACCGCGAUCUCUCCAUGCCCUACGUGGAGACGGGCGAUGAGCUCAUCCCUCUGCUGAUGUUGCUGAGUUUGGCCUUCGCUGGUCCCGCAGCAUCCAUCAUGAUGGGGGAGGGCCUGAUGUACUGCAUGCAGUCCAAACUGAAGACUUGUCCCAAGUCGGAGGGCAGCAUAAACGCCGGAGGCUGCAGCUUCAACUCCUUCCUACGCAGAACCGUGCGCUUCGUAGGUGUUCAUGUGUUCGGUCUCCUGGCAACAGCCCUGGUGACAGAUGUCAUCCAGUUAGCUACUGGUUACCACGCCCCUUUCUUCCUCACCGUCUGUCAGCCCAACUACACGGCCCCGGGAGUGUCAUGUGACAAUAACGCUUACAUCACACAGGACAUCUGCAUGGGGAAAGAUCAGUAUGCUAUUAUGUCAGCCAGGAAAACAUUUCCAUCCCAGCAUGCAACGCUCUCUGGCUUCGCUGCUGUAUAUAUCUCUAUGUAUUUCAAUGCCAGCAUCAACAGCACGACCAAGCUGCUGAAGCCGCUGCUGGUGUUUGCUUUCUGCAUGGCGGCGGGCCUCGCUGGCCUGACGCAGAUAACUCAGCACCGCAGCCACCCGAUAGACGUCUACGUGGGAUACCUCAUAGGAGCCGGCAUCGGAGUCUACCUGGCUGUGUACGCGGUUGGAAACUUCAAAGCAUCAGAAGAAGAUGCUCCCACCUUGCAGAGACUGGCGUCGUCCCAGCAGAAGGACGGUCUGAGGGUGUUGACCCAGCGAGGCCACGACUCGCUGUACAGGAAGACGCCGCGGGUGUCCGAGAGCAGGGAGGAGCUCGGGGCCGGGUUGGGGUCAGGAGCUCGGAGCAAAGUGAGGAGGGAGAAGGCGUCCCUGGCCUCCCUCAAACGAGCAAGCGCCGAUGUGGAGCUCCUGGCGACCCGCGGUCCCAUGGGCAAGGAAACCAUGGUAACCUUCAGCAACACUUUGCCCCGGGUUGCAAACGGCAACAGCCCCAUCUCCCCCUCCGAGGAGCCGGUCGCCACGCAGCGUCACAUGACCUUCCACGUUCCCUUUGACCCACAGAGGUCACGGCAGCUUGUGUCCGAGUGGAAGCAGCGCUCGGUGGAGCUCCGCAGCCAGAGCUCACGGGACGAGGAGGAGGGAGUGGACGGGAGGGACGGAGGAGGCGAAGGGGGAGACGAAAUGCCGUCGUCUCUUUACCCGACGGUGCAGGCCAACAACAGCACGGCCACGCCGACCGGAUCCAGGAUGGUGGUGGCGCCGCCGCUCGUCCACAUCCCCGAGGAGGCCUCUCGGCCGCCGCCCGUCUCCCCGAAGAGCGCCAAGACUCGCGCCAAGUGGCUGUCGCUCACAGAGGGAGGAGUGAAGGAGCCUGGAACGGGGCCCAUCGCUGUGUCGACUCCCCGGGUGCCCAACACCCAGCCCAACCAGCCUCCCAGCCAGCAGAGAGUCACGCAGGUCAUCGCCAUGUCCAAGCAGCAAGGUCACGGAAUGGUCACUUUAUCCACCAAGACCUCGGAGGGCGGCUCCUCCUCCGGUGGCGGCUCCAACUGCUCUGAAUCACCAUAUUAUCGGAUCCCAUCUGAUCGAGACAGCUGCACCGGGAGCAACCCGGGCAGCAUCGCUGGCAGCGGCAGCAUCGUCACCAUCGACGCUCACGCCCCCCACCACCCGGUGGUGCGCGUCUCGGCCAGCAACGGCAAGCCGUGGGAGUGGAGGAACACCAUCAGCGGCAACAUGAUGACGGCCGACCCGGCGGGCGACAAGCACCGAGCGGCGCUGCAGCGGCAGGACAAUGUCAGCCACUACCGGGACUACCGGACGCUGCCGGUGAAAACGGACUCGCUCUGCUCCUCCUCGGCCAGCGGCAGCGCGGAGGGAGGGGCCGAGCUGCCUCCCCCGCCCCUCCCCACCUCCUCCUCCCCCCUCCCUCCGCCACCUCAGCUCUCGUCGUCCCCUCUCCCGCCGCCGCCUCCCCCUCAGUCGUCCACGUCCCCCCUGCCUCCCCCACCGCACCCGAGCUCCUCUCCGAUGCCUCCGCCGCCCCUCCACCCCGCCUCCUCUCACAUGCCCCUGCCUCCUCACCCGUCCUCUCAGAUGUCUCCGCCGCCCCUCCCGUCGUCCUCUCACAUGCCCCUGCCUCCCCACCCGUCUCCCUCCCAAAUGCCGCCGCCGCCUCACCCAUCCUCGCAAAUGCACCUACCUCCGCAUCCCUCCUCGUCCCCUCUGCCUCCACCGCCUCAUCCCUCUUCCUCCAUGCCUCCCCCUCCUCACCCGUCUUGCUCCAGCAUGCUUCCUCCUCCCCCCCAUCCUGAUUUAUUGAUAGAUAGCCACAGCCAGGCCUUGUCCCGCUCCGGCACCCUCCCUCGCCGGCCGUCCGUGUCCGCCCGCAGCCACGCCGAGCAGGAGCACUACUACAAGGCCAUGCAGAACGAGAGGAUGUUAUAG